AUCGAUCGCGUAACUUUUCCCCUAGGGCGGAAUGGUGAAAAGUGAACAUUUCCGGGUGAACUCGGCCAUUUUGCAAUCGUGUAAUUUUUCGUGGCGCCAAAAUGUGAACAUUUUCGCGUGAACUUUUUCGGCAGCAUCUUACAUUGCGGAAAUGUGAAAUAUCAGUGAAUUUCUGAGGUCCCUAACAUUAAUUUGCUCAAAAUGGCUGCCGCAUUGUUUGUUUUGAUUGCAGCAGACGAAGAAAGAACGAAAUUGCAACGUAUACGUAAAACUUUACGUGAUUUAUCAGACCCUUUUACAAUACAAGAGUCGCAAUUUCGUCUUCUGUACAGAUUAUCAAAAGAUGCGGUGAGGGAACUUUGUGCUCAAUUACGGCCAUAUGUUGAGCAAGAAGUGAGAGCAACAGCGAUACCAUUUGAGUUGAAGGCUCAUAUCAAAGAAGAAUUGGCCAAGACUUUUUAUCAUGUAUGUGCCAAUCCUCUAUUAGUAAAGUUGUUCACCAAGUAGUCGAAGGGUUGAACCAAAUUAUGGGAGAAUGGAUAAAAUUUCCUACGCAGCCACAUGAAAUGCAACAUAUUAAAGAGCAAUUUUGGGACAAUUGCCAAUUUUCUGGAGUAAUAGGUGUUGUUGAUGGAGUCCAUAUAGCGAUAUGGCCACCGGAAACGAUCAGGGAGCAUUUAUAUUUGAAUAGAAAGCUUUACCAUUCUUUGAACGUUAUGCUUGUGAGUGUAAUCAUGUUUCGUAAAAUAGCUACAGUAGAUUCAUCCAGAGUUAUAAAAUGUUAUGCUAAUCGGUCCAAUAUACUAAAAUUAACACUUCCGAAUUUCAAUUUUAGAUUAGUAAUUACAAUCUAUGGAUUUUGGCAGUUAAUGCAGGCCAUGGAGGCCGGACUCACGAUUCAAGGGUUUGGAAUGCUUCUGAAGUGUCCGUUCAUCUGGAAGAACAACACAGGAAUGGCAGGACGGGUACAUGGUUG